CGGGGAGCUGGGCUGCGGAGGUGCCCUGCGGGGGAAACUGAGGCACGGGACCGGGAUUGGGAUUGGGAACCGGGGGGGGGUCCCCGCUCUGGGGGCUCGCUCCCACCCUGGACACAUCCAGGGGAGCCCCCCCAAAAAAAAACAACAACCCUGGGGGGGCUGAUGGCUGAGCCUGCCCACCCCCGGGGGGCUCAGGGGUUUGGGGAUGGUUUUGGGGGGCAGCGUGCGGCCGGGCUCCGCUUCGCCCCCAUAAAAUCGUGGCCGGGGCUGCUGCGGGUGCUGGGGGGGCUGGAGCUGCUGGGGGGGGGGGCAGCCUUCACCUGCAGUCUGUGCUGACAUCCAGCAGGACUACAGGGGCGAGCUGCUCCUCGGGGGGGUCCCGGGGGGUGGUUACGGGGGGCCGCUGACCCCUUUUGUGCUGGGGGGGGUCGCCCUGGGCUGGCUGCUGACGGCGGCGCUGCUGGGGCUGGGGGCGACCCCCCAUUACCACCGCGUCCUCCUGGAGGCACCUUGGUGGCCCCCCACCGAGUCCGGCCUCAACGGGCUCCUGUUCCUGCUGUCCCUGGGGGCUGCGGGGGGCUACGUCCACACCGUCAGCCUGGGGGGGCUCUGCUAUUCCCCCCCUUUGGCCGGCGACCCCCUCCUCGCCGUUUUCUGCCGCCCGGCCGGGGGGCAAGCGGCCGCCCUCGUCUUCCUCUUCCUCAUGGCGCUGCUCUACCUGGCCGGCAGCCUCGUGGCCAUCAAGAUGUGGAGGCACGAGGUGGGCCGGAGGCGGCGGGAGGCUCCCUCUCCACCGGUCCGAACCAAGCGCGUCACCUUCGAGGAUGAGGUGGGACCCCCGGGGAGACCCCUGGGGGGGGACACAGCCACCGAGGGGGGUGAGAGGCCGGGGGUCUUCACCAUGCUCCAACCCCCCCGUGCUCGUGCCGCGGCCGUGCGCUGUCCCGGAUUACGUGGUAAAGUACCCGGCGAUCCGCAGCGGGCGGCAGCGGGAGGGGUACCGGGCUGUGUUCUGCGACCAGCACGCCGAGUACCGGGAGCUGCUGGGAGAGGUGCGGGAGGCACGGAGGAGGCUGGGGGAGCUGGAGGCCGCCGCGCGCCACGCGCUCAGCAGGACGGGGGACAGCGGGGUGGCUCGUGUCUGGCACGAGGUCCUGAGGAAGAAGAGGAGCUGUUGGGGGGGGGUCCCGGGUAUCUCGAAUCCCACCGGCAGGAUUCGGCCUUCCUGGAGAAGCAGCGGCGCUGCCGCUACCUGCAGGAGAAGCUGAGGCACAUCAAGAGGCAGAUCCAGGACUAUGACCGUGGUGGCACCGUCUACUUCUGAGCCUGCUCACGGGGGGGACCCCAAACCCCGGGGACCCCGCAGGGCUCAGCACCUUGGGGUGCCGGUGCUGCGGGGGCGAGCAGGGGGCACCCGCUGCGCCCCACACGUUGCACCCAUCUGGGUAUGGGGAGCAAACCUGCGGGUUUUGGGGUGCUUCUGGUGGCUCUGCACCUGCUGUGGAUUCGGGAGCACCCCCAGGGGUGCAGCUGUGGGGGGGGGCAGAGCUGCUUUUAAUAAAAUCUGGUGAUGUUUU